UAAUAGCAUGGAGUUGCCUUCUCUUCACUGUCGCAUUAUUUCAGUUGAUCAUUUCUGUAGACUGGUGACUAGCUCAGAGUUUACAAGCCUGUGGCCCAGAGCAGAAUAAAGCGCUGUGUAGUAACGCAGCACAAGACUGGCUUUGCAUAGAGCUUAUCCGAGGCUUUUGGAACCGCCCUCAAUUGCACCUUGUGCUAUAUUAGUACUUCUCAGACAGGAAGAAUUUUCUUUCGCUGGUGUAGCUCGUCCGGUUACCUUCAGGAAGAUUGGAUAACCAAGAAAUGGCUAAUCAAGAUUCUGCUGUACAUGUGAAAAUGAUGCCAGAAUUCCAGAAAAGUUCAGUUCGCAUCAAGAACCCUGCAAGAGUAGAAGAAAUUAUCUGUGGUCUUAUCAAAGGAGGAGCUCUCAAACUUCAGAUAAUCACAGACUUUGAUAUGACACUGAGUAGAUUUUCCUACAAAGGGAAAAGAUGCCCAACAUGUCACAAUGUCAUUGACAACUGUAAGCUGGUUUCAGAUGAAUGUAGAAGAAAGUUACUGCAACUAAAGGAAAAAUAUUAUGCUAUUGAAGUCGAUCCCACUCUUACCAUAGAAGAGAAGAACCCGUAUAUGGUAGAAUGGUACACUAAAUCACAUGGCUUGCUUGUUGAACAGGCUUUACAGAAAGCUAAACUUAGAGAAAUUGUGGCAGAAUCUGACGUUAUGCUCAAGGAAGGAUAUGAGAAUUUCUUUGAUAAGCUCCAGCAGCACAGUAUCCCUGUGUUCAUAUUUUCGGCGGGCAUUGGCGAUGUACUAGAGGAGAUUAUCCGUCAAGCUGGUGUUUAUUAUCCCAAUGUCAAAGUCGUGUCCAACUUCAUGGAUUUUGAUGACAAUGGGGUGCUCAAAGGAUUUAAAGGAGAACUAAUUCAUGUAUUUAACAAACAUAAUGGUGCCUUGAAGAACACAGAAUAUUUCAAUCAACUAAAAGACAACAGCAACAUAAUUCUACUGGGAGACUCCCAAGGAGACUUAAGAAUGGCAGAUGGAGUAGCCAAUGUGGAACACAUUCUGAAAAUUGGAUAUCUAAAUGAUAGAGUGGAUGAGCUUUUAGAAAAGUACAUGGACUGUUACGAUAUUGUUCUAGUAAAAGAUGAAUCAUUGGAUGUGGCCAACUCCAUCUUACAGAAGAUUCUGUAAACAUGCAUUCUUCCAGAAGAUGCCUCUCCUGUGGAUGCAUUUGAAACAAGAACUGCUUGUGUGUUCAUCUUGCUGACAGACUUUUAUUUAUAAUAUAUUCUUGCUCUUGAAGUUGUUUCCUCUACAUUGCUGAAGUAUUUUCAGAUAUGUUGAAUCUACCAACUGGAAGCUCCUUUUCCUCCACCUCUUUCAGUACACUUCCCACCAUACUUUUUAACAUUCAAAAAAAAAAAAAUCUUAAAAGUCAAAAUUUGAAAAGUAACUCCCUAUAUUUCCAGAGUGAAUUUUGUAGUGUAAUGUUAUCAUGAAGUUUUGUUUACACUGGGGAAGUCUGGUGUACGUGAUUUUUAAGUUAUUGCCAUUUUUGUAAUUUGGGUGAAUUAUGCAGAUGGUAUCACCAUCUCCUGAAAUUGUGUUAUGUGGGUUAUUUUGUUUUGGGAACAUUGAUAUUUACCAGAAAAUACUGGUCCUUGUUGUUUGAAAAAACUUGGUAUCCACUUGUCACUAAUCAUUAUAAAAUGUGUAUUGAUGCACUGAUAAUAAACAUGACAUGAAGAGCUUUUUUCAUUCUA